AUGCCGUUUGGAAAAAAAGAAUGGUACAAAACCGACAGGUUCAAGGGCAGCAUUCCUGAUAUCUUUCGUCACUCUGCUGUCACUUCACCCACAACUCCUACCAGAACAUUUUCUGAUCCUGGAAUCAGAAUCAAAUUGAACGGUAUCGACUUUGAUGUCCCGGAGAACGGUACACCUGGAGGAAUAACGCCACCAAAGAUUCAACAACCAGUGGAAGAAGUUCGACAUCCCAAUGCUACCAGCAAACAGCCAGCAGUCAUGGAUCCUGUCCUAGAGGCAAAUAACCCACCAUGUCAAGAUUAUGUGGGCACAUCACCAAUAGUCGAUACGCGAAUUCCGCCCAAAACCAUGACCACUGGCGGCAAGGUCAUCACGUGUGCAGACACGCAGGUUGACAUCACCACAAAAGAUCAAUCAUCUGACUGUUCUAGCGUCCAUGGAGUUCAGCACGAGGAAUAUGAGUCCAAGAUGAAGCCCACAGCCGUCACAGUAGAGCACGAGGACGCAGCCCCUACUGUCAAGAAUCUACCCAUACGCGGUAUCAUGCUCGAUGGUUCCCAGGAUCAUGCAGAACCUGAGCCACAGUCGCUUGGUAGCCAGGAGAGUCCUGGUGAGGAUCAAGUCGCAGUCCCCGCAAAGAAGAAGAAGAAGAAUCGGAAACGAAACAACGCCUCUCAAAGGGGUCCCACAGCUCUGAACAAGAUUCGGGGAACUGGCUUUGAGGAUGGAUUCGCUGAUCCGCCCAUGACUGUGGAAGAAUUUGAGGAAGAGAAACGCAUUUAUGAUCCUGAGAGUCCUUUUGUCGACCGUAUCGAGGAGUGUAUCCAACGUUAUCGAGGUCGUCGACGACUGGAUUCCACCCGCGACCUGAUGUUCAGCCGUUACCUCAACAUGGGCGGCAUCGACACCUCUCAACGCCAGUUCACAGGUGCCAAUGGAAUCUCCAAAGACGACCUAGCUGGUUUGAGCAAGGCAGAGAAGCGCAUGGCUGCCGCAAACGACGUCAUUAACCGCAGAGGAGAUGAUCCACGCUGGUUCACACCUGGCGAUGAGGGCUGGACAGUCGACUUUGCCGGUGUGGUGGCUGCUUACCUCUCCACGCGCCUUCCAUUUGACGUGGCGGGAGAACAAGACAUGAUCGUACUCGGCGUGGACACCAUCCUCAACUUCAUCAACUACGUCAUCAAGCACGACGUCUGCCCCGAGUACGAAGAUGACCUCGCCCGAGCCCGCGCCGUCUGCAAGCUGGCCAAGCUCGAGUUCCCCCUGAUCAACAGGGCCCUCGCCGGCGGCAUGGGUCAGUUCAACUACGCCUGCCGCACCAUCUUCAACCUGCCCGACGAAACCGACUCCUUUGUCGACCGCAUAUCCGUCGACCCGGCCAGGAACCGCCCCGUGCGCCCCAUCCUGGUCUUCACCAGCACCCUGACCCUCCUGGCCGACGUGUACCCUGCCGCCAGGGCCAUCGACCUCCACAAGCUCCGCGAGCAGGACCCCACGCUGGACAAGAUGGGCAGUGCCGUUUCCGCGGAGUCCCGGACGGAUCACUACGAGGUGAUGGAGACGCGCGAACCCGACGAGCCCGUCGCCCGCUUGUUCCGAGCCCUGCACAGCGGCGACAAGGUCACGGGCCACUACAAGCCGGUGGGCGUGCUGGUGGUCAGGCGCUGCAUAGUCGAGGACGGGUUCGCCAACACGCCCAAACUGCACACAAUGCCGCCGACGCCGAGCAAGGAUGAGGCCGAGUCCUUCAUCGUCGACCGGGACCUGCUCCGCUGUUUGCUGCCGGGCAUGAAGCUGCACCUCGAGACGGCCAGGAUCACGCAUCCGGACUUCGAGCUGACCUUUAUCAAGAACCUGCUCGACGUCCAGCCCAGCUUCCGUAUUUUCCUGCCGCAGAUGCUCAUGCUAGAUUACAAGAACCCGAGGGAGAAUAUGCGUGACGCCCCGAGCGUGGACAAUCCCGACGCCGAGGGCGGUGGUGAUGGAGAUGCGGAGGACUGA